AACGUUUUUCUUGAUUCUGUUGUUUACUUUCUUAUUGAUUUUUGUGUCGUGGCGAGUGUACGGAAAACGUAUAUCUGAGAGGUUUAUGAAGCCUGCUACAUCGGCAACUAUAGAACAGUUGAAGGAAAGUGUUUCCAAGCUGAAACUGCCUAAGGAGCACACUCCAAGGAUAUAAAAUGACGGACAAGAUUAAAAAGUUCUUUCAAAAGAAGAAAGCUGAUGCAAAAUUCAAGUUGGCUGGACCUGGACAUAAACUAAGUGACGCAUCAAGCAGUACUAGUUCAGUAUCAUCCAAGAAAGAUGCAGUAAAACCAAGAAGGUCUGGUUUGUCUGAGGAGAGCAAAGUAGCUGCUGAUGCAGCAUUGGCCAGGCUGCAGCAGAAACGAGAGAACCCUACAUUCAACACUUCUUUGGCUGCAAUUCAGGCACAAGUAAGGAAAGAACUUGAAAAUGAAUCAAACGCUUCAAAAUCCGAACCACAUGUUGAUGAAAGACCGAGGUCACCUGAAGAAGUGGAUUUGCCAAGGAACUUUGCUGCAGCUGGUGUGUUUUUUAGAUGUCCUAUAAUAAGCAAUGACAUUCUACCUAGAGAUGAGUGGAAGAAAAACAUUAAAACUUUCCUUUAUGAACAACUAGCGGAGGAGAGGGGAUUGACUGCCUGUCUUAUUAUACAGUCAUGUAACAAUAAUAGAGACAAGGUGGAGAAAUGCGUGGAGACGCUAUGCAAGUAUUUGGAAAAUAUCGUUACACAACCGGACGAGGAGAAAUUUCAAAAAAUCAGGAUGUCGAAUAGAGCCUUUACGGAACGCGUCCAGCCAAUAGAAGGCGCGAUGGAGCUUUUAUUCGCGGCUGGUUUCACUCAGCAAAAGAUCACCAACGCUGACGGCGUCGAGGAGGACUACCUCGUGUUCAACCGUGACCUUGUGCCUAACACUGAUAAUCUUGUUACACUAAUAGACGCGCUUCGAACGGCUGAACCGAUCCAACUAGAGCUGGACAGAAACCUCCAGGUGUUGCUGCCUUCUCAGGCCGCUACAAAAGUACAAUUGCCACCUACUUUCUAUGCUCUAACUCCUGAGGAACUGAAAAGGGAACAUCAGUUAAGAACGGAAGCAUUGGAAAAAAGUCAAAUGCUGCGCACUAAAGCGAUGCGAGAAAAAGACGAGAUAAGAGAAAUGCGCAAAUACAAAUUCGCUAUUAUCAGAGUACGUUUCCCAGACGGGAUUUUGUUGCAGGGUACAUUCUCCGUGUACGAACGCUACCACGAAAUCCACGACUUCGUGGCGGAGAAUCUCGAACAUAGCGACCUACCUUUCAUUUUGAACACGCCCACAGGACACAAAUUACUCCUCGAAGAGGACGCUAAUAAGACCCUUAUAGAUCUUAGAUUAGUACCGGCCACAGUGCUUACUUUUGCUUGGCACUCAUCGGUUAUAGAAGAGAUUAAUAAUAGUCCGAAUAAGGAUGUCUAUCUGAAACCGGAAGUUAUGUUAUUGGUGCAGGAACUUUAAAUUUUAUCAUAAUAAUGGUAUACAAAACUAAGGAGGUAUAUGUUUUGGAUGUGUUUAUAAUUGAAAUCUUGGAAUAAUUGUCGUGUAAUUAUUAGGCUAAUAAUUACACGACAGUUAUUUCAAGAUUGGCUAAUUCUCAGAUUAUUGUUCUCUGUCUAAGUUUCGUUGCAAUUUUGUAUAAUAUAAGCGAAGUUAUUUCGAUAUUUAUAAAAUUAAUUGGAACAAUAAAAUGCUAUCGCUAGCAAUGUCGUGCUAUGUGUUUGUA